AUGUUGAAAGCAGCUAUCUCCAAAAUUAAAGCGAAUUUUACCGCGUAUGGUGCACCAAGAAUCAACAUUGAUGAUUUCAAUAUAGUUAAAGAGGGCAAGGCAGAAAUUCUUUUUCCUAGAAAGGAAACAGUUUUUUAUAAUCCCAUCCAACAGUUCAACAGGGACUUAAGCGUUACAUGUAUCAAGGCGUGGGAUAACUUGUACGGUGAGGACUGUGGACAAAAGAGAAAAAGUAAGAAAGGUAAGAAGAAAAGAUGUGCGGAAAAUAACGAUGAUUCCUCCAAACGUCAAAAAACCGAGAAUGGAUCACCAAAGGAAACAGUUGAAAACUUUAACAAAAAGGAACCUUACAUAAAUAUUUUGGAAGCUUUGUCAGCCACUGGGCUAAGAGCCAUUAGAUAUGCUCAUGAAAUUCCUCAUGUCAGAGAAGUUAUCGCAAAUGAUUUGCUUCCAGACGCUGUCGAAUCUAUAAAAAGAAAUGUUGAGUAUAAUAAUGUUGAAAACAUUGUCAAACCAAAUCUCGAUGAUGCUAACGUCUUAAUGUACCGUAAUAAAGCCACAAAUAACAAAUUUCACGUUAUCGACUUGGAUCCUUAUGGUACGGUCACCCCUUUUGUGGAUGCUGCCAUACAGAAUAUUGAAGAGGGUGGGUUAAUGCUAGUAACUUGCACCGAUUUAUCCGUCUUGGCUGGUAAUGGAUACCCAGAAAAGUGUUUUGCCUUAUAUGGUGGUGUCAAUAUGGUUUCUCACGAGUCCACUCACGAAAGUGCCCUAAGAUUGGUGUUAAAUUUACUAAAGCAAACUGCUGCAAAAUACAAGAAAACUGUGGAGCCACUUUUGUCAUUGAGCAUCGACUUUUACGUCAGAGUUUUCAUUAAAGUCAGAACUAGUCCAAUUGAAGUCAAGAACCUCAUGUCUAACACUAUGACUACUUAUCAUUGUUCUCGUUGUGGAUCAUAUCACAACCAACCUCUAGGCAGGAUUUCCCAACGUGAAGGUAAGAAAAACAAGACAUUCACUAAAUACUCAGUAGCGCAAGGUCCACCGGUAGAUACCAAAUGUAAGUUUUGCGAAGGAACAUAUCAUCUUGCUGGUCCAAUGUAUGCGGGUCCUCUGCAUAAUAAAGAGUUCAUUGAGGAAGUAUUGAGAAUCAAUAAAGAAGAGCAUCGUGACAAAGAUGAUACCUAUGGAACACGUAAAAGGAUUGAAGGUAUGCUAUCCCUAGCUAAAAAUGAAUUAUCAGAUGCCCCGUUUUAUUUCAGUCCCAAUCAUAUCGCGUCGGUGAUAAAAUUGCAGGUGCCUCCCUUGAAAAAGGUAGUUGCAGGGCUAGGUUCCCUAGGCUACGAAUGUUCAUUAACGCAUGCUCAACCAUCGUCACUAAAGACCAACGCUCCUUGGGAUGCAAUUUGGUACGUGAUGGAAAAGUGUGAUGACGAGAAGAAGGACUUAAGUAAGAUGAAUCCGAAUACUACUGGCUAUAAAAUCUUAUCGACCAUGCCAAAAUGGUUGAAUGAUGAUGUCAAAUCAGAAUACGAAUCAAAAUUGUCAUUCGCAUCGAAUGAACAAAGCGGUAGUAUUGAAAAACUAAGAAAACUAAAAAUUGUGAGAUAUCAAGAGAACCCUACGAAAAAUUGGGGCCCAAAAGCCCGUCCCAAUACUUCAUAA